AUGCAUCCGGCCUUGCAAAUUCUCGAAGUGAUAGACAUCAUUAGUUCGCACACAGAACAUAGAUCCCUUCCUGCACUUGCAUCCACAUGCCGUGCCUUCGAGAGCCCAGCACUUAAUGUCCUUUGGAGGGAUUUGCAGUCCGUCGAGCCACUUGUCAAAUGUUUACCAAGCGACCUGUUUGGCAUCGAUCGUGAAUGUUUGGUGUGUCACAGUUAUCAUAUGAUUGCGAGCUUCAGAGUCCAAACUAAGUUCACGUGCGCAGGUGCUACAGAAACCUCUUGAUCACAAGAUGUGGGACACUCUUUCUAGAUACACAUCCCGCGUGUACUCUAUCACACAAAUCGGCGACUCGACAUUUAUCGGGCCCCUCAGUUUGAUAAUAUUGUCUUGUCCUUUGGCACCCGCGUCCUUAUUUCCCAACAUCUGUCAAUUGACAUGGCAUGCCGAUACUGCCCACGGCGCUACAGAAUUCUUGCGCAUGGCUUUUGUGCCCUCCCUAUUGUCCUUGAACGUACGGGUUUCUUCGGCUUCCCCCGCCUUUUUCUCGGUCUUUUCGUCUCUUGGGACUUCAUGUCCUCACCUUCAGAGCAUGAAUUUAAGAUAUCACCGUACAAUCGACGAGCCGUCUCCUAACAAUUCACCAUUUAUCAUACAACCUAUUUCCCAGCUCCACAAUCUUCGUAAUUUGGAAGUAUGGGACCUAGGAUUCCAGGGAAUCCAGCACAUGAUGCUGCUACGAGCUCUGCAGACGAUAAGGCUGGACUUCAGGACAUCGUCAUCGUCAGCUUGGGACGUACGUUCGCCUUCGCAACUCCCGGGCUUUCAAAAUUUGCAUCUUUUGGGUCUUGAUGUCAAUGCAUUCGAGCGCCCCUUGAACUUCUUGAGUUCACUUACGGUCAUCAGAACCAAAAAAGUUUUGGUCAGCUUCACCCCUCGCGUCGCACAGUCCCCCGCACGUGUAUCCCCGAUGUUAUCCCAGUUUCUCGCCAUCCUCCAAAAGAGAUGUGACAACAACAAACUCGAACACUUUACUUUCAUUGCAUUUUCAAACAGGAUGCCGGGGAUACGUACAGAACCGGGCGUCCUCGCAUCAUUACGCGCAUUUAGCAAUUUAACUCAUCUGGACAUUGGGAGGGGCUGUGACAUUUCGAUGUCUGACGAGGAGCUAUGCUACCUGACGGGAGCCUGGCCUAAGCUCCAAGUCCUCAGAAUCAGCCUGUGUCAUCAUCGAUUCGGAUACUACCGCAGUGCCUACAUUCCAUGGGCUAAUACGUGUACUUCGACUCUGCCCCGCUCUAAUUUCGCUCGCUCUUGUCACCGACACCACCAAGCUAGAUGGGAUUGACCUCAGAAGCCCCGGCG